CAGUGAUAGCAAUGCUCCUGACAUAAACUACACAAAACAUGUAACGCGGUUUGUUUCAGACAUACGUUUCGUGACAGUGUCACUGGAAGCAGAUAUUCUGCUCAGCCACGAAUAAACAUGUCUAACAGUCUGGAUAAGUAUUGCGGUUCUGUCUUCUGGAAUAACUCCCUGCUGGAGAGGCCGGAUCCUGAUUUGACGUUGUGCUUUGAACAAACUGUACUAGUUUGGAUUCCACUCAUCUUCUUCUGGCUCUUUGCUCCCUGUCAACUUCUUAAACUAUGUAAAAAAGGAAAAGUUAAAUCCCCCAUCACUAAACUUUAUAUAGCUAAGCAGAGCCUCACAUUAUUACUUCUUCUUACAUCCUUGGCUGGAAUAGGACUUACUGUGUCGGACCAUGUUAAUGGGAAUUCUUCCUCUCAGGUUUUACCCACUGUUCUAUAUGUCAAUCCCUCACUCUUUGCUGCCACAUGGAUUAUGGUGCUAAUUAUUCAUCACAGUCGGCGCUACUGUAUCAGAAAGGAUUUUGGGGUUCUCUUUACUUUUUGGACAAUAUCUGUAAUUUCUGGAAUUUUCCCAUUUCAGACUAUAACUCGGAAGUUAUUGCAGGGAGAUGACCUCGAUAUUGGCCGAGUGUGCCUGUUUUUCAUCUCUUUUGGUCUUCAAAUUCUUAUAUUGGUUAUCUCUGCCAUCUCGGAAAAAAAUGAGCUGACCAAAAAGAAUCCAGAGCUGACAGCAUCAUUUUUAAGUAGGAUCACAUUCAACUGGUAUAACAGAAUUAUUGUAAAAGGAUACAGGCAUCCGCUAGAGUUGCAUGAUCUCUGGGAAUUAAAGAAUGAAGAUAAGACUAAAACCACUUGUGACGUAUUCGAGAAGCACAUGAAGAAUGAGCUGACAAAAGCAAAGGCAAAUUUACAGAAACGAAAAGAAAUCAGAAAAUACAAGGAUAGUGCCAUUGAAAUGAACGGACUGGGAAAGGCACAAAGCCAAGACGUCUUGGUCACGGAAGAAACAAAAAAAUCAAAAAAGAAAAAAGAAUCCAAGGAUGGAACUGCUAAAGAUUAUCCCAGAUCUUGGUUAAUUAAAACACUCAUCAAAACUUUUCCACGCGUCUUACUCCACUCUGCUUUUUUCAAACUUGUGCAUGAUCUGCUGGUGUUUGUGAGUCCACAGAUUCUCAAGUUAAUGGUGUCAUUCACAGCGAAUCCUGCAGAAUAUCAGUGGCGGGGAUUUUUCUAUGCAAUUUUGCUACUUGUCACAGCUUUGAUUCAGUCCAUCUGCCUCCAGCAGUAUUUUCAAGGCUGCUUUGUUCUGGGUAUGAGAGUCCGUACAACCCUGACAGCUGCGGUGUAUAAGAAGGCACUGACUGUCUCAAAUUCUGUAAGAAAAGAGUCUACUGUGGGUGAAACCGUAAACUUGAUGUCCGCCGAUGCACAGAGGUUCAUGGAUCUAACCAACUUCAUUCACUUGCUGUGGUCAUCCCCUUUGCAGAUUGCAAUUUCUAUACUCUUUCUCUGGCAAGAGCUAGGUCCAUCUGUGCUGGCCGGACUUGCCGUCAUGAUCUUGUUGAUACCCAUCAAUGCAGUCUUAGCCACGAAAUCCAAGAAACUUCAGAUGAAAAACAUGAAGAACAAAGACAAGAGGUUGAAGAUAAUGAAUGAAAUUUUAAAUGGCAUUAAGAUACUUAAGCUGUUUGCGUGGGAACCAUCAUUUGAGAAUCAGGUUCAGGAGAUUCGAGAAAAGGAAUUAAAAGACUUACUGCACUUCACUUACCUUCACUCUGUGUCUCUGUUUAUUUUUACCUGUGCACCAUUUCUGGUGUCAGUUGCCAGUUUUGCAGUCUUUGUCGGGAUAGAUGCAGAUAAUCUCUUAACCGCAGAGAAAGCAUUUACAUCGAUAUCUCUGUUUAAUAUCCUGCGGUUCCCUCUGGCUAUGCUUCCCAUGCUUAUUUCCAACAUGGUGCAAACGAGCGUAUCUUCUGGACGUCUGGAGAAAUAUUUGGGAGGAGAUGACCUGGACUCAUCAGCUAUUCGUAACGACCCCACUGUUGAGGCUGCUGUUAGAUUUUCUGAUGCCACCUUCACUUGGGAAGAAGAUGAGCCCCCGGCAGUCAAAAAUGUUAACCUGGAAGUUAAAGAAGGCCAUCUGGUAGCUGUGGUUGGUGGUGUCGGGUCUGGCAAGUCAUCCCUUGUCUCUGCAGCGCUUGGAGAAAUGGAUCACAUAAGCGGAUACAUCAAUAUUAAGGGUUCAAUUGCCUAUGUACCUCAGCAAGCCUGGAUCCAGAAUGAUACUCUGAAGAACAAUAUCCUUUUUGGUGCCGAGUACGACGACAAACGAUACAAAAGUGUUCUGGAGGCAUGUGCUCUCCUCCCUGAUCUGGAGAUGCUUCCUGGAGGGGAUCUCUCUGAAAUUGGUGAAAAGGGUAUUAACCUGAGCGGUGGGCAGAAACAGCGAGUUAGCUUGGCCAGAGCUGUGUAUAAUGAUAGCGAUUUAUAUAUUCUGGAUGAUCCACUCUCAGCAGUAGAUGCUCACGUGGGCAAGCACAUAUUCGAGAAAGUGAUUGGACCCAGUGGAUUACUAAAGAAUAAGACGCGCAUCUUAGUCACCCACGGUGUUAGCUUCCUGAAGUACACAGAUGAGAUUGUCGUGCUUGUGGAUGGAAAUGUUACUGAGAUGGGGUCCUACAAGGUGUUGCAGGCAAACAACGGAGCAUUUGCAGAAUUUCUCAGGACAUAUGCGAAGCAGGACAACAACAAAGUGGAAGAGGAAGCCACAGUUUUUACCAGUGCAGAGGAGUUUGAUGAUAUUGAACCGGCAGAACGAACAGCAGAAGUUCCUGAUGACGUAGUGGCAGCAACCUUAAAAAGAGAAAACAGUCAACGUAUAAGAAAACUUAGCAGUAUGAAUGGUACUCUGAGAAAGUCACUGAAGUCCAUUGCAAAGGAAAAGACCGAGGACCAGCAGAAGCCUGCAAAAGGACAACAUCUCAUCGAAAAGGAAACUAUGGAGACAGGGAGGGUGAAGUUCUCCCUCUAUAUCAAGUACCUGCGUGCAAUAGGAUGGUGUUUCAGUUUCUGGAUUUUUGUCUGCUAUGUUCUACAAAAUGGAGCUGUUGUUGGUCAAAACCUCUGGCUAAGUGACUGGACGACAGAUGCUGUGAUCUAUGAUAAUAAGACAUAUCCUCCAUCACAAAGGGACAUGAGGGUUGGAAUAUUUGGAGUUCUUGGGGUGGCUCAAGGUUUAUUUGUGUUCUUGGGUGCAUUCCUUGUGGCUGGAGGAACAGUCCGAGCCUCAAGAUUGCUUCACACACAACUUCUUCGUAAUAUUUUGCAUGUCCCUCUGCAAUUUUUUGACACCACGCCAUCUGGACGCAUUGUUAACAGAUUCGCCAAAGAUAUCUUCACAGUGGAUGAAACCAUUCCUAUGUCCUUCCGAAGUUGGAUUGCCUGCGCUUUGGGAGUUCUCAGUACUUUAUUGAUGAUCUGCUUGGCCACUCCAAUCUUUGCUGCUGUUAUUGUCCCAUUAGCAAUCUUCUACUACUUUGUUCAGAGAUUUUAUGUCGCUACAUCUCGACAGCUGAGACGUCUGGAUUCGGUGACAAGGUCUCCUAUCUAUUCUCAUUUUGGGGAGACUGUCUCUGGGCUAUCGGUGAUCCGGGCGUACAGGCACCAGCAGAGGUUCCUUGAACAUAAUGAAAGUACCCUUGAUAUCAAUCAGAAAAGUGUCUAUUCCUGGAUUGUAUCAAACAGGUGGUUGGCAAUUCGCUUGGAAUUUGUCGGAAAUAUCACUGUGUUCUUUGCGGGUCUUUUUGCUGUCUUGGCACGAGGUACCGUGGACAGUGGAACCGUUGGGCUGUCCAUCUCUUCAGCUCUUAAUAUAACGCAAACCCUCAACUGGCUUGUGCGGAUGACAUCAGAGCUGGAGACAAACAUUGUUGCUGUGGAGCGUGUCGAUGAGUAUAUUAAAGUUGAAAAUGAGGCCCCUUGGGUAACGCAGCAUCGCCCACCAGACAACUGGCCAGACAAAGGCAUUGUAGAGUUCAAAGACUACAAAGUUCGUUACCGCCCUGAACUGGAUCUUGUUCUCCAGGGGUUAUCAUGCACUAUCGACAGCAUGGAGAAGGUUGGAAUAGUUGGCAGGACAGGAGCCGGAAAAUCCUCUCUCACAAACUGUAUAUUUCGCAUCAUCGAGUCUGCUGGGGGCAAGAUUUUAAUUGACGGUGUGGACAUUUCAACUAUUGGCCUCCAUGACUUACGGCAAAAGCUUACGAUUAUUCCUCAGGAUCCCGUCUUGUUUUCUGGAACCUUGAGGAUGAAUUUGGAUCCAUUCAAUCAGUAUACUGAUGAAGAAAUAUGGAGAGCCCUUGAACAUGCCCACCUGAAGCAAUAUACAGAGGGUCUGCAGGAGAAACUCUUCUAUGUAGUGAAUGAAGGAGGUGAAAAUCUCAGCGUUGGUCAGAGGCAACUUGUGUGCCUUGCUCGGGCUCUUCUCAGGAAAUCCAAAAUCCUCAUCCUGGAUGAAGCAACAGCUGCUGUAGAUUUGGAAACUGAUAAUUUGAUCCAGAAAACAAUUCGCAGUGAAUUCUCAGACUGCACAGUGCUUACCAUUGCACAUAGAUUAAACACCAUCUUGGACAACAACAGGGUAAUGGUUUUGGACGCAGGGAAUAUUGUUGAAUUUGGAAGCCCAGAUGAGCUCUUUAACCGUCAAGGAAACUUCUAUUCUAUGGCCAAGGAUGCUGGUAUCGAUAGUGCUUCAAGUACUGUAUUUUAGAAACAGAGGUGCUGCAAAUUGCAAAAGGCAAAGACUAUGGAAAUGUGUGCCGGCAGCUCAGACAUCACAUCACAUAAAAUAACAAAAGCAUGUUCGCAUAAAUGCAAUGUGACAAAGGAGCUAAUGAUUUGGACAAAGUCCUUAAUUUAAUGGACUAACCAGGAGUGGUAAUGCUGUCGUUGUCUGCCAUUAAACUUGGUUUCAGUGAUGUGUUGGCACACUGUGUUCAUAAAACUCUGGCAGCAUUCACGUGGUGUCAUCAGCACUUACUCCAAAUGACUGCAGGCUAAAUAUGACUUCCACGCUGUGUUACCUCUUAAUAAGGUGGCCAGGAGUAGGUGAGAAGUUGUUAUUAUUAAAUUG